CCGCCUCGCUGGCGCUGGCACCAUCACAGCGCCGCGGUCGGGCGAGCUAGCCCAGCUCCCAGCCCGAGUCGAGACGCUUUGGCGGAUUUUGACUUGGCGUUUUCGCUGGGACAGCGUCGCCGCGCUGGGCCGGGCUUGGACGUCGGGCCGGCCGGUCAGUGUCAACGCCGGCGCGCCGCGCCAGUGCCACGCGACGCGGCAGCGACUGUCGUGCCGCUAGUCGGCAGUUCGACCCCCGGAACGGAGCGGAGCGGCGCAGCGGCGCACAGUGCGGUGUGCUCCUCGGGCCCUCCAAGACGUCGACGUCAACGACGGAGUGCGGAGUGCCCCAUGGCUGGCGGUGGUGUCGGUGUCCGCGAAGCCGUCCCAGGCCCAUGAACUCGCCGCGGCCCGGCGACACCGCGCAGCACGCCAAGCACGUGGCUGGUCGUGUGUUUGGGCGGCCGACCUGGCCAACCUGGCCGACCUGGCCGACCUGGCCGACCUGGCCGACGCGAGACACGCCGAGCAGGCGGUGCAGUGCAGUGAGUCAGUGCAGUGUUGUGCCAGGCUCGGGGCGACGGCGCGCCGGGGGUGAUCGGGUCUCGAACCCGGACCCAGCUGGUUGUCCUGCAGUGUCGACGCCAAAUAAGAACCUGUCGACGGCAAGACACGGCACGGCCCGCCUCGUCGCGACGCGUCGCGGAAGAGAAGCGACGGACUAGAAAGUUGUGACGGUUGUGUGGCGGCAGGCGGCAGCGCCUCCGGGACUCCAGGCGCCGUCAUGAGCGCCUUCCCGUCGGCCGAGGGCGGCCCCCUGGCGCACAAGUACAGCCUCAGCAAGCCCGACAAGACCAAGACCCAGGCCGACAAGGAGACCGACGCGGCCGUGACGCUCACGGCCUUCGUGCCCUCGGCGCAGGCCGCCGCGGAGGCCGCCGGCGUCGUGAACCAGGGCUUCACGGGCUCCGUCGAGUCGCUGACGCCGCCCGCAGCGGCAGAGCACGCCCCAGUCCCGCCGUCGCCACCAUUGGCCGCCAACGGCGCCAGCGGCAAGGGAGGUCCUCCGGGUCCUCCGGGCCUUCCAGGUUCGCCGUCCAAGCUCCCCGCUGGCUGGGCCGUCCCCGCGGCCUCGCCCGGCCAGCCCGGCCCGUCCGGCCCCGGCAGGUCGUACUACAGCAGUGGCGACGACGACGACGACGAUGACGACGGCAAGGAGCGGCCGUGGUGGGGCUUGUGCGUGGGGCGCGUGCGCCGGGCAUGCACGCGCAAGGUGCUCGUCAAGAGGGUGCCCAUCCUGGGCUGGAUGCCCCGCUACACUGGCGGGGCCGCCGCGGCCGACCUGGUGGCCGGCGUCACCGUGGGGCUCACCGUCAUCCCGCAGGCCAUCGCCUACGCCAACGUGGCGGGGCUGCCCCCACAGUACGGCCUGUACUCGUCCUUCAUGGCGUGCUUCGUGUACGCCGUGUUCGGCUCGUGCAAGGACUCCCCCGUCGGCCCCACCGCCAUCGCCGCCAUCCUGACGCGCGAGAACCUCCACGACCUGCCGCCCGAGCUGGCCGUCGUGCUGUGCUUCCUGUCCGGCUGCGUGGAGCUGCUCAUGGGCGUGCUGCAGCUGGGCUUCCUCAUCGACUUCAUCUCGGGCCCCGUGUCCGUGGGCUUCACGUCGGCGGCCGCCAUCAUCAUCGCCACCACGCAGAUCAAGGACAUCCUGGGCCUCACCUUCCCCGGCUCCAAGUUCCUCCAGGUGUGGGAGAACCUCUUCGCGCACAUCCACGAGACCAGGCUGUGGGACGCCGUGCUGGGCUUCGUGUGCAUGGCGGUGCUGCUCAUCUUGAGGAAGGUGAAGGACAUCCCGGUGGGCCCCACGGACUCCAAGGACCAGUCGGGCCUGCAGAAGGCGGCGGCGCGCUUCCUGUGGCUCGUGUCCACGGCGCGCAACAUCCUGGUGGUGGUGGUGUGCGGGGUGGCGGCCGCGCUGCUGGACGGCCACGGCCUGCACCCCUUCAACCUGACCGGCGACGUGAAGCCCGGCCUGCCCGAGCUGCGCCCGCCGCCCUUCUCGCUCACCGUGGGCAACGAGACGCUCAGCUUCCUGGACAUGGCGUCGGGCCUGGGCUCGGCCGUGCUGGUCGUGCCGCUGCUGUCCAUCCUGGAGAACAUCUCGCUGGCCAAAGUGUUCUCGGACGGCACUCCGAUCGACGCGACGCAGGAGAUGCUCGCGCUGGGGCUGUGCAACAUCGCGUCCUCCUUCGUGAGCUCCAUGCCCGUGUCCGGAGCGCUGUCGAGGGGCGCCGUCAACAACGCCAGCGGGGUGGCGACCACCUUCGGUGGCGUCUACACCGGCGUGCUGGUGAUCCUGUCCCUGCACCUCUUCACGCCCUACUUCUACUACAUCCCCAAGGCCUCGCUGGCGGCGGUCAUCAUCGCGGCCGUCGUAUUCAUGGUGGAGUUCCACGUCGUCAAGCCCAUCUGGAGGACCAAGAAGGCGGACCUGAUCCCCGCGGGCGCCACCUUCCUGUGCAGCCUGUUCCUGCGCCUGGAGCUGGGCAUCGUGAUCGGCAUCGGCAUCAACGUGCUCUUCCUGCUGUACGCCUCGGCCAGGCCCUCCAUGACCGUGCAGAGGGUCAUGAGCAGUGUCGGCAUCGAGUACCUCCUGGUGACGCCGGACCGCAGCCUCGUGUUCCCCUCGGUGGAGUACGUCCGCAACAUGGUGUCCAAGGUGGGCAUGAAGCAGGGCUCCAGCUCGGUGCCCGUCGUCCUGGACGCGCGCCACGUGUACGGCGCCGACUUCACGGCCGCCAAGGGCGUCAAGUCGCUGACGGAGGACUUCGUGAAGCGGAAGCAGCCGCUCCUGUUCUACAACCUGCGGCCCAGCGUGGUGGCGGUGUUCCAGGGCGUGCGCCCGGGCGACCUGCGCUACUGCCGCUCCGAGAGCGAGCUCGACGAGCUGCUGCGCGCCACGUGCUCGGUGCGGGCGCGCGAGCAAGUGUGAUCCAGGUGCGAUCCGACCCUGCGACUGGCUCGCGCCUCGCCGCGUGGUGACCAGCAUGGCCAGCGAGCAGUCAGGACUCGCCAGAGUUGUCGAAGGACAACGUUUUUAGAGAACCAGUGUGACGUUCUCCUUUCUCAUUGUUGUUUGUUUUUAAGUAUUACGUUUUUUUCUGAUUUUGACUGCUUCGAGUGGUUGCUUGAAGUGAAAAGUGCAGGUGAAAGGCAGAUAAAUUGAGUGUUGCAUAUGUUAAGUUAUGGAACUCUGCUGGCUCAUUGUGUAAAGCACUAGAUUGUCUGUUAUGUAGAUACAUUUUAAGGAUGUUAUUUUUGAAAUUAGUAUUUUAUUGUGUAAGGAUUGUAUGAGUAAUGUGAUUUUCUGUUAUCUUAAAUUUGUUAUCUUAUAUAAUUUUACUAAGACACUUGUGAUAUUAAUGUGUAAAUAAUUUUUCAGUUUUGUAAAGAAAAUUGCUGAAAAUAGGGAAGGAAAAGGAUAAAGUGCGAUGAGUGUUUUAUAUUAAAUCACUUAUGCUGAUAGGCAUGAUAUACCUAGUCUUGAAUUCAAGUAGGUGUUGUCACAUAUCUUCUUAACUUGAAUAUCUUAAUCAUUCUAAACAGUGUCACUCAGAAGAAAUAAAAUUUAUUUCGGACACAA